AUGUCCUUUGAUUCUCCUUUAUUUGCCGAGUUUCCAGAGCUAUCAAAGUAUCCUCGGGAGGAUCUUGAGGAUAUGCUCAAUGAUCCACAGUACUUUCAGGCAGUAUUUCAUUCAUUACCGCAAGUCCAGGCUAUGUUCCAGGCACAAAUAGACCUCGGUAUGGCGAACCAGGAAUUGGCGCGGAACAAUCUAGCUUUACAAGAGCAGCUGUAUCAGCUACGGAGCGAGACGAAAGAAGCAUUUGACCGAGCUAAAUCACUUGAGGCUCGCUGGCGAACGGUUGAAAAGGAGCAGAAGGAGGUGUAUCAGCGCUUCACACCUCAAUUUCUGCUCAUGCGACUUCGGCAUGCGACGACGGCUCAAGAUGACGCAUCGGAGGCGUGCGCAUCCGCUUUCAUCCAAUCCUCAUCUGUAGCUCCCUCGGCACAAAUUGAUACGAAUGGGAAGGAUAUAGAUGAAUUCGUGAAGGAGUUCAGGGAGUUGCGGAAAAUAUAUCACAAGCGAGUCAUGUGGGGCGAUCGAUGGGCCGGUGGAAGAGUUGAGUGGCAUGACGAUUAAAAGUUUGGAGAACCAUGUAUUAUCCUGGUUACAACUGUAUCAAUGACUGUGUUUACUAUGCUUUUGACAUUCAAUUUAAUUUCGAC